AUGUUUGGAGGAGAAAAGAUGACACCCCAACUCAUGAUGGCUGUAGGCACAGCGGUGAUUGGAUCUCUCCAGUUCGGUUACAACACCGGUGUCAUCAAUGCCCCUCAAAAAAUCAUUGAAAAUUUCUACAAUAACACAUGGACUAGCAGGUUUUCGGAGCCCAUCCCUCAGAACGCCCUCACAGCUCUGUGGUCCAUCUCUGUGGCAAUUUUCACUGUGGGUGGAAUGAUAGGUUCCUUCUCGGUGAGCUUCUUUGUCAACCGCUUUGGCAGGAGGAACUCCAUGCUCAUGGCCAACGUGCUCGCUGUUAUUGCUGCUCUGUUAAUGGGCUUCUCCAAGCUGGCAUCUUCAUGGGAGCUACUCAUCACUGGGCGCUUCAUUGUUGGCUUAUAUUCCGGACUGUCUACUGGAUUUGUGCCCAUGUAUGUUGAGGAAAUCUCCCCUACGUCUAUCCGCGGCGCAAUGGGCACUCUGCAUCAGCUGGGUAUUGUCAUUGGCAUCCUUUUGGCACAGAUUUUGGGGAUUGAAUCCAUCAUGGGGAACGGCUCCCUCUGGCCUCUGUUGUUGGGUUUCACUCUUCUACCUGCCAUUGUGCAGUCUGUCCUGCUACCCUUCUGCCCAAAGAGCCCACGAUAUCUUCUCAUCAACUGCAAUGAGGAGAGCAAAGCCACUAAUGUAUUAGUGAAGCUACGUGGCAGCGCCAACGUGAGCGAGGACAUGGCGGAGAUGAAGGAGGAGAGUCGCAAGAUGAUGGCGGAGAAAAGAGUCACCAUCAUAGAGCUCUUGCGCUCUCCAAUCUAUCGCCAGCCUCUACUUGUUGCUGUGAUGUUGCAGCUUUCACAGCAACUUUCUGGCAUCAACGCUGUGUUCUACUAUUCUACUGGAAUCUUUGAAAAAGCUGGUGUGUCUGAGCCUGUGUAUGCAACCAUAGGAGCAGGAGCAGUAAACACGGCAUUCACUGUCGUUUCUUUGUUUGUGGUGGAGCGAAUGGGCAGAAGACCACUGCACCUGACUGGUUUAAUGGGAAUGGCAAUUUCUGCAGUUGUUCUAACCGUUGCUAUGAAGUUGUUGGAUCAACACAACUGGAUGUCCUACGUGAGCAUUGUGUCCAUAUUUAUCUUUGUAGCCUUUUUUGAAAUUGGUCCGGGCCCCAUCCCUUGGUUCAUUUCGGCGGAGCUCUUCAGUCAAGGGCCCCGGCCUGCUGCCAUCGCAGUUGCUGGCUUCUCCAAUUGGUCUGCCAAUUUUUUAGUUGGCAUGUGCUUUCCGUAUGUUGAGCAACUUUGCGGCGCUUUUGUCUUCAUCAUAUUCACCGUUUUCCUGCUGGGCUUCUUUGUUUUCACCUACUUCAUGGUGCCCGAAACCAAGGGACGUAGUUUUGAUGAGAUUUCCGCUGGCUUUCGAAAGGCGGCCGCAGGUGGUGAUAGAUACUCCGCCUCUGAGGAAUUCAACACACUCAGGGGGGAUGAUCCUGAUCUUUGA